AUGGCCUCUCUACCAGCUAGUGCGCAGCCCAAGCCCGGCGAACCAAAGCAGGCAUCCGUUGAGCGCCUCCUCAACGUUCUUUCCACAGACCUCACGAACCCGACGCUCACUCCAGCUCAGCGCACCGCGACCCUCGAGCACCUCAAGGUCCAUGGGAGAGACCCUAACGGUAGCGGCGCCAUCUUCACCAGAGAGGGAAUCGACACAUUGGGAAAAUACGCCUUUGACCAGCCUAAUUCCGACAUCUCAACUUCCCGGGAGGCGCUGAGAUGCCUUGCGAACGCGCUCCUCCUCAAUCCGGACUGUCGCCAGAUCUUCGUGGACCUCGGAUAUGCACUCAAGGCUGCUGAACGAUUCGAAACCGCAUCCAUAGACGACGAGUUCCUCCUCUCACGCAUCCUUUUCCUGGCCACCUUCACCCCACCAGUGCCCCCAGGACUGCUAGACACCACUCUCCCCGCCUCGCUCGCCGCAGCGCUCGACCGACACACCACCGCCCCCCACAUGCAGAUGCAAGAAAUGGCACUAACCGAGACCCUCAAGCUCCUCUUCAGCCUCGGCCACCACACCGCAUCCCCCCACCUCCUUAUCACCCUCCCCCCGCUCCUCACCCUCCUCACAACCAUCACCCUCCCCAGCCCCCCCCUCCAAGGCACCAUAAUCCACCUCAUCAACGCCCCCCUCUCCCUCCCCCUCACCGCCACCACCCCCGCCCUCUUCCCCCCCGGCGCCGAAUUCAAGCUCGUCGACCGCCUCAUCGCCAUCCUCGACGCCGCAACCCGCGACCCCGACCUCGACGACGCCGCCGCCCCGCUCGUCACCCUCCUCCGGAAGCUCCUCGAGCUCGCACCCGAGGCCGUGGUCGCACACAUGCAGAAGGUGCUCCUCCCCGCGCCCGAGGAGCGCGACGCACCCCUCGGCACAAGCAAAACCCUCCCCUCGCGCCUGCUGCGGCUGACGGCCGCCGCAACCGCGCCCGGCCUGCGCGACCAUGUCGCGUCGCUGCUGUUUGAGCUCAGCGGAAGCAGCCCCGAGACGUAUGUGGAGAACGUGGGGUACGGGUAUGCGUCUGGGCUGCUUGUGUCGCGGGGGCUGGACGGCGGGAUGGGUUCGGGGGCGGGGGUCGGGAAGGAGAAGGGGGUGGCGAGGGAGGUGAAUCCGGUGACGGGGCAGUGGGUGGAGAUGGAGCCGGUGAAGGCGGAUCCGUUUGAGGGGAUGACGAUGGAGGAGAAGGAGCGCGAGGCGGAGAAAAUGUUUGUGCUGUUUGAGAGGCUGAGGAAGACGGGGGUUGUGGAUGUGAAGAAUCCGGUGCAGCAGGCGGUGGAGGAGGGGCGGUUUGAGGAGUUGGAGGAUUAG